GACUUUUGCUUAUAUACCACCCAGUGCUCCGGGCCUGUUUGAUGAAAAUACCAAGGCACGAUGUAUGACUUGCAUAUCUCAUGCAGUUCAUGACCUUAGGAAACACAAGACACAUCUUGAAGGCCUCGAUCAAUCUGUUUUCCUUCAGAGAACUGUCACAGAGACGUACCUAUCAAUAUAUGAUAAUCGCCUCCGUGACAUUGGAGUUGACCCUUUACCACCCACCUCACCUACCUGUGAUUGUAUUGGCCAUGGCAGUAAUAGGACCUCCUCUUCAGCAAAUGAUAUUAUUAUAAUCCGACUUGGAGAAGCUGCGAUGAACCGCUUCCCUGAGUAUGGUGAAUUAUUAUUGCAGGAAAUCUCUCAGAGACGCGUGAGAGGAGACAAAAAUUUAGGAGACAUUUCGAAGAGAUAUGAGGUGGUCCAAGAACGUUUUCAACGUGCUCUUGGAUAUCUUCAGCAUGGUGAAAAAUUGGAAUUAUAUGAAACAUUGACAAGAGGAUAUCGACUCGAUUUCACGUUGCCUUAUGCAGAAAUAAUGCAUCCCGGCUUAUGAGAAGUCAUUGGCUAGCAUAGCAUGGAAGUCGUUGGGUUCAAUGGAUUACGGUUUAUUGAACACAAAGAACCCAUUAUGGGGAAAUUCAUCAGCGAAAGUAAAUUAAACGCUCAUAUUAGG